AUGUCAUUGCCUUCGCAAUCCGCAGCGCGAUUGUGCUGCAACGUCCUCCGCCAAUCCCCGUCCCUCCGUCUCUCCUCGCACACAUACCUCUCUCAAUCCAAGCGGAUAGCACCCGCGGCUGUUGGAACAAGACGAUGGCAAUCCACCCAGGCCGCUGCGGAGCCUCCUACGAAUCCGAAAAUUACACAGAUUGUGGACCAAAUAAGUCAAUUGACAUUGCUUGAAACUGCCGAUUUGGUCUCGACCUUGAAGUCUCGUCUUAACAUCCCCGAUCUACCAAUUGGCAGUUUUGCAGCUGGACCUGCAGCUGGAACAGCAGCUGGUGGAGCCGCCCCGGCUGCCGCCGUGGAAGAGGAGGACGCCGCCCCAGCCGCCCAGGAGAAGACGCUAUUUAACUUGAAACUGGAGUCUUUUGACGCGGCCUCGAAGCCUAAGGUCAUUAAGGAGAUUAAGUCGCUGCUGAGCCUGAGCUUGGUUGACAGCAAGAAAUUCGUGGAAAGUGCCCCGAAGGUGAUGAAGGAGUCUGUGCCCAAGGAACAGGCUGAGAAGAUUGUUAAGACGAUGAAGGAUUUGGGGGCCAAGGUUGUCAUGGAAUGA